UAACCAUGAGCCGGAAGUCCCAGGGCCUUCACUGGGAAAGCAGUAGGGAGGGGGGGGAGGAGGAAGGCUCAGGGUAGGAAUGGCGGCUCAAAUUCCAAUUGUGGCCACCACCGCCAUUCCGGGGGUAGCCCGGAAUAGCAAGAAGAGGCCAGCCAGUCCUUCCCACAACGGCAGCAACACUGGGGGAUAUAGCGCCAGUAAGAAGAAAAAAGUGUCCGCCUCCAGCUUAGCACAGGGUAUCAGCGUGGAAGCCAUGAACGAGAAUAAGAUGGCGCCCUCUGACUUUAGCACAGGCCCUAUGGAAAAAACUUCCAAAGCUUUGCCGUUUAAGGAUCCCAACUUUGUGCACUCUGGCCAUGGUGGCGCAGUAGCUGGCAAGAAGAAUAGAACCUGGAAGAACCUGAAACAAAUUCUCGCUUCUGAAAGGGCAUUGCCGUGGCAACUGAACGAUCCUAACUACUUCAGUAUUGAUGCUCCUCCAUCCUUCAAACCAGCUAAGAAGUAUUCUGAUGUUUCAGGUCUUCUUGCCAACUAUACUGACCCACAGAGCAAGCUACGGUUCAGCACCAUCGAAGAGUUUUCCUACAUUCGGAGGCUGCCAUCCGAUGUUGUCACCGGCUACCUGGCCCUGAGAAAGGCCACAAGCAUCGUUCCGUGAGCCUUGAGAAGUGGCUAUGAAGUGGAAAACUAUUUCAGAGGCAGUUGGACUCAUAAUUUUGUUUCAUGGAAACAUAUUCAUUCUGCUGUCAAUCUGGAAAUGUCAGUGCUGUGCCUUGGAAAGAAUGUUUGGCUUUCAUUUAAGGUGUUUUUUUUUUUUUUCUAUGUUUUUCCUUCAAGUGUGAUAUUUCCUGUUGAGUUAAAUUAUAUUUCAUUCGUUGCUUCAAGUAAAGUCAUUUGACAAGAAAAUAUGAAAUUGUGCUUUUAAUUUAACCCAAGUGCAUCCCUAAAUUUUUGCUUCAAAGUUGUAAACUCUCAUAACACAUUUAAAGACUCCAUAAUAAAUCUUGACAACAGAACUGGAUUAUUCCUGAUUCCAGUGACUCCCUCUUUAGAGCAUAUUAUCCUUCUCUUUGAUCAGAAUAUCUGGAGGAGGCCCAAAAUUGGAACUGGAGAAGAAAGGGCUGAGUAACUCGCCCUGCCACACGGGGCACGUCCUUACCCUGUACCUCAGCCUCCGAAUCAGCUUCUCUUCCAGCCAACACACCUGAGAGAGACACUCAAGGGGGACUCAGAAAACACCAACCAGAAUUAUCGUCUGGAGUGCAGAGCCCUUGUAGUACAGAUU